AUGGAACGAACAUUAAUUUCCAGGAGUUUCAAUGUGAUUCCGGAUGAGGAGACGGCACUGAAGACAGGCGGCCCGGCAUGGCCUGGCCAACGCCAGCUGCCCCCAAAUGUCACUAAUCAAAUUCAGGAUUUAGGCGAUGGACAGCAAAUGUUGCUUACAGUGGACCCGACACUGGCGGCGCUUGGAUUACCACCGUAUCCGGCACUGAGCGCAAAUACGGAGCCAUCAAAAGUGGAAGAAAUUCGUCGAACAAUCUAUGUUGGUAAUAUUCCGAAAGAAUGCGACAGCGAAGAAAUUAUGCGAUUUUUCAAUGACAGCAUUGGCGAAGUAAGCUCAUUUUUCUCCUGCAUUUCGCACCUCACCCAAUUUAUUCUUUAUUUUUAUCGGUUUUUUUGCAUUUAUCAGUUUUGA